AUGAGCUCUACAACUGGUCCCAAGUUGGUGUGUCUUGGAAAUCCAUUGCUGGACAUCCAGGCCACUGUUUCGGAUGAAUAUCUGGCUAAAUAUGAAUUGAAGGCUAACGAUGCCAUCCUUGUGGACGCCAGCUCGAACGAGCCCAAAAUGGCGAUUUUUGAUGAGCUUUUGCAGGUCCCAGAUGUCAAGUUCAUCGCGGGCGGGGCUGCUCAAAACACCGCUAGAGGCGCUGCCUACAUCCUAGGUAAGGGCAAAGUCGGAUACUUCGGAUCUGUUGGCCAAGAUAAGUUUUCUGCCAAGCUUUUGGCCGAGAACGAAGCUGCAGGUGUGGUCUCUUACUACCAGGAACAGUCGGACGUCGGCACCGGUAAGUGUGCCGCUUUGAUCACCGGCCACAACAGGUCUUUGGUUACCGAUUUAGGGGCUGCUAACCACUUCACUCCUGCCCAACUUGAAAGACACUGGUCUGUCGUUGAGCAAGCUGACUUGUUUUAUGUCGGUGGCUUCCACUUGACCGUGUCGCCAGACGCGAUUGUCAAGCUUGGGAAACACGCUCAGGAAACCGGCAAGCCUUUCGCGUUGAACUUGAGCGCCCCUUUCAUUCCACAAUUUUUCAAGUCUGCGUUGGAACAGGUCUUACCAUACACCACUUACGUUAUCGCCAACGAGUCUGAGGCCGCCUCCUACGCCGAAGCCUUUGGUGUCGAUGCCAAGGCUGACGACUUGGUUGCGAUUGCCAAGCACAUUGUUGGGGACUCCAAGACCAGAACUGUGAUUUUCACCCACGGUUUGGAACCUACCGUGAUUGUUUCUUUCCAAGGUGAGCAAGCUAUUCCUGUCAAGGCCUUGCAAGAAGAGAGCAUCGUCGACACCAAUGGUGCCGGUGACGCUUUUGCUGCUGGUUUCAUGGCUGGAUUGACUGAAGGUAAGACUCUCAACGAAUCCGUUGACAUGGGUCAAUGGUUGGCUGCUCUCUCUAUCCAAGAGAUCGGUGCCACUUACCCAAGCGAGAAGUUGACCUACCAAAACUAG